UCCGGCUGCGCGCGGCGCCUCUGGCUCCAGGAGUGGCAGCGGUAGCCGCGGCGGCGGCGGCGGCGGCGGCGACAGAGGGAUCCCGGGACCCGCAGCUGCUCCGCGGAGCCGAGGAGGCGGGAGCGCCUCUUCACCGCGCCCAGCACCCAACCUGUGCCCGCUCGCAGCCGCGCUCUCGCCCGGGGCUCGCCGGCCAGCAUGGACUUCCCCUUGGCGCUGGUGCUCGUGUCCUCGCUCUCCCUGCAGGCGGCCGCCGACUUCGACGGGAGGUGGCCCAGGCAGAUAGUGUCGUCCAUUGGCCUGUGUCGUUAUGGUGGCAGGAUUGACUGCUGCUGGGGCUGGGCUCGCCAGUCCUGGGGACAGUGUCAACCUUUCUACGUCUUAAGGCAGAGAAUAGCCAGGAUAAGGUGCCAGCUCAAAGCUGUGUGCCAGCCACAAUGCAAGCAUGGCGAAUGUAUUGGGCCAAACAAGUGCAAGUGUCAUCCUGGGUAUGCUGGAAAAACCUGCAACCAAGACGAGCACGUCUACCCAACUCCUCUUGACCAAGGCAGUGAACAGCCUGUUUUUCAACCCCUGGAUCAAGCCACAAGUUUACCUUCAAGGGAUCUGAAUGAGUGUGGCCUGAAGCCUCGGCCCUGUAAGCACAGGUGCAUGAACACUUACGGCAGCUACAAGUGCUACUGUCUCAACGGAUACAUGCUUAUGCCGGAUGGGUCCUGCUCAGGUGCCCUGACGUGCUCCAUGGCAAACUGUCAGUACGGCUGUGAUGUUGUCAAGGGACAGAUCCGGUGCCAGUGCCCCUCCCCUGGGCUGCAGCUGGCUCCCGAUGGGAGGACCUGUGUGGAUAUUGAUGAGUGUGCCACUGGAAGAGCCUCCUGCCCUAGAUUCAGGCAGUGUGUCAACACUUUCGGAAGUUACAUCUGCAAGUGUCAUACAGGCUUCGACCUCAUGUACAUUGGAGGCAAAUACCAAUGUCAUGAUAUAGAUGAAUGUGCCCGAGGUCAGCACCAGUGCAGCAGCUUUGCUCGAUGCUACAACGUACACGGGUCCUACAAGUGUAAAUGUAAAGAAGGGUACCAGGGCACUGGACUGACUUGUGUGUAUAUCCCAAAAGUCAUGAUUGAGCCUUCAGGUCCAAUUCAUGUGCCAAAAGGGAAUGGUACCAUUUUAAAUGGUGAUGGAGGACACAGUAACUGGAUUCCCGAUGUUGGCAGUACCAGGUGGCCUCUGAAGACACCGCAUAUUCCUCCUGUCAUUACCUACCGGCCCACUGCUGAGCCAACAACAAGCCCUACACCAACGCCAACAACACAGCCAACUCCACCACCGCCACCACCCCCCCUGCCAACAGAGCUCAGAACACCGCCACCAACAACCCCAGAAAGGCCAACCACCAGGCUGACAACUGAAGCACCAGCUGCCACUACCUCUGCAAGAGGGAUUACAGAUGACAACAGGAUACAGACAGAUCCUCAGAAACCCAGAGGAGAUGUGUUCAUUCCACGGCAGCCUUCAAAUGAUCUCUUUGAAAUAUUUGAAAUAGAAAGAGGAGUCAGUGCAGACGACGAAGCCAAGGACGAUCCAGGUGUUCUGAUACACAGUUGUAAUUUUGACCAUGGACUCUGUGGAUGGAUCAGGGAAAAAGAAAAUGACUUGCACUGGGAACCCAUCAGGGACCCUGCAGGUGGACGGUAUCUGACCGUAUCGGCAGCCAAAGCCCCAGGGGGAAAAGCCGCCCGCUUGGUGCUACCUCUCGGCCAUCUCAUGCACUCAGGGGACCUUUGCCUGUCCUUCAGGCACAAGGUGGAGGGGCUGCAUUCGGGCAGCCUCCAGGUGUUUGUGAGGAAACACGGUGCCCACGGAGCAGCCCUGUGGGGAAGAAAUGGAGGCCAUGGCUGGAGGCAGACCCAGAUCACCUUGCGAGGGGCUGACGUCAAGAGCGUCAUCUUCAAAGGUGAAAAAAGGCGUGGUCACACUGGGGAGAUUGGAUUGGAUGAUGUGAGCUUGAAAAAAGGCCACUGCUCCGAAGAACGCUAGCAACUCCAGAACUAGCAAUGAACUACUGUGUUGCUCCCUCUUCUUUUUUCCAAUCCUCACCUUCUCUCCUCUUCUCCCUCUUGACAGGCCUAAGAGAAGAGUGGGUCAGUGGGUCAGGAGAAAGUCUGGUUGGUGACCCGUGUCUCAAUGGCCUGCUUUUGCAAUCCCAAUGAGCAGUGACAAGGGCACCUGUAGACACGUACAAACCACCUUUUGGUGUUGCCUUCCACCCUGUGUCUCUUUUAGGAAGGCCUUUGGUGUGGUGAUCCGUACUAUCUUUCAUCCUGGUUACAAGAUGCUCCUUGUAGCAAAAUGUGGAAGUUUUCAAAAGAAAACUGUGCACGUGGCCAUUCUGUUGUCUGUUGAGUGUUGCACCAUGAGUAGUAUUGGCUUCCCUUAAAAUGAGAUGUACAAUGUGCUUGUGAAAUCGGUUUAUCCUCCUCAUUUUAGUUAGUUCUGGCCUGACCUGAACUCUGACUUUCACUGUUGAUUACUUUGUAAAAGAAGGGUGUGUAAUAUAUCAAGAUGCAUCUAUUCUUGUUACCCGUAUUUUUCUUUUAAAGACAAUUAUGUAGAGUGGGCACGUAACCUCUCAUAAGUAGUAUUGUGCUUCGUGUAAAUGUGCUAUUGAUAUUAAGUAUUUACGUGUUCCUAAGAUUUACAGACUCUAGUUGCAAAGUAAAAGGCAGCUUGUGAUCUCUUGAGUUAAAAAAUACAUGGUGAAAUGUCAUUUGGUUCUAUGACCUUAUAUUGGAAGCAAAAGAAUAUCAGCAGAAGUGUCAGGUUGUGGUAGAAGAGUGAUGAAUUUUUCUAAUGGCCUUGAAUUUGAUCUCUAUGAAGGAUAGUGAAUCAUUCAGGGAGACAAGAAACUGCAGUUAAUCGUAACUAUUACGAGUUAUACUUUAAGACCAACAGCUUUUACCAUCAUAACAUGGCUUUCGGGUAGUUUGUGAGAAGCGUGUAAAACUUCCGGUUGUUUCAGAGAAAAUAUCUUGUUGGUGGAAGCAGAGUGAGAGGAAGUAUGGGGAAAGCGCCAUGGGACAGAUUUUCAUAUUGUUUUCAAUUGAUGCAACUUAAGCAGGUGUAGCUUGUAAGUUAUGAGCUGUAUCAAAAUGGAAGAAGAUGCAAGACCUGGGCUUGGAGGCAUUGGAUGUGUUGGAAUGAGAUCUGCCCCGAGAAGCAGGAUAAGAUUGGAAUUGUAAGAUCCAUAAAUGCACAGUGAUAUUUCUUCCUUGCAUAUUCUACCUUUAUUCUAAAAAAAAAAAAAAAAGACUUAAAAGGCAACUUACUCCUGAGGCUUUUCUUCAUUUCAGAUUAAGUAAUCAAAAUGUUUUCUGCUGUUUUUGCCAGGAAUCACAAAGAUGAUUAAAGGGUUGGAAAAAGAGAUCUAUGAUGAAAAGAUAAAGGAACUGGGAUUAUUCAGCCUGGAGAAGAGAAGACUGAGGGGCAAACCCUUGAUGGUUUUCAAGGAUAUGGAGGGUUGGCACAGAGAGGACGGUGAGCAGCUGUUCUCCAUAUGCACUAAGAAUAGAACGGGAGGAAGCAGGCUCAAACUAGAGUAUGAGGGAGCGUUUCCUGACAGGGACAGUUGUUAAUUUGGAAUCCUUUAUGAAAAGAAGUGUGGAUCUACAAUCUAGCGUUCUCUUUCUCUCUUUCUCUCUCUCUCUGACCUCUCUGUCUCUCCCCAACUCCUCACCCCUCCCUCGCCUCCCAGCAGCUUUUUAAAAAUCAGAUAAAGAUUUAAGGUGGGUAAAGAUGUCGUUACUUCAUGGUAAAGUAACAUGUUACAGAGUCUCCCAGAAGAGGUUUUGAUCCUUUGAGUAGGUAAUGAAAGUCUUCAGAACUAAGCAAUUUGGACUAAGCGCCAAUUGAGGUGUUUCCCUCGUGAGCCCCCAGUGGAAGGAGAUCAAAGGAGGAAAAGCCAACCUAAGGCUGAGCUCACUGAAAUGUCUCUCUCUUUCUGCCAAACCUAGCAGUAUUCAAACAAAAAGUAAACGAUAAUUUAAAAAAAAAAAAAAACUGUUUAUACCGAAAGAGUAGGAUAGGCAGAUAUUAUCUCAGUAAUGCUCUAACACGGUGAUGUUUGAAGCAUUUUUUUUCUUGGUUAAGGUGUAAACCUUUCACUUGCUCAAUGGAUGAUGCUUCAGAUGUUUUUAACAGACCCUAGCAAGGAACACAGUUCAGAGAGAUUUUUGUCUGGUGCGUUCUCUUCGCUGUGUAUAUGAUAAGUUAACUUAGUUUCUGAAAAAAGGUGCAGUGUCCAAUACCUCUCGACCAUUCUUUCCCCUGGUUGGCACCAUUCAGUUUCCCUGACCAGUUGAGAUCUCCCAGGUUUCACAGAAGGGUAACACAUUUGGAACAAUAGGUACAAUAGAAAGUCUUUUAUCAUUUAACUUGGUAGAGGCAGGACUGGACAGGGAAUACAAAUCUCCAAGCCUUUGAGUGGAAGCCAGAAAAACAUGGCUUUAGACCCAUUUUUAAUGAUUCAUUUCCUUUUGGCCAGAUAACUGCACAAUUGAAGAUGAAAGGGGAAAAUAGUUGUGAAGUUCAUUCUUAGGUGCCAAUAAUACAUUGCACUAAACUGAUGGAAGAAGUUAUCCAAAGUACUGUAUAACAGCCUGUUUAUUAUUUAAUGUUUUCUAAAGUGAAAAAUGUUAGUGGUUUUCCAAACAGCCAAAUAAAACAAUUCUUUGUAAAUAAAAAUAUUGUUGUUAAUA